AUGCAGCCGAUUUUAUUCCAAAAAAUACGAAAAGGAAAGUAUUAUUUUGACUCUCCGUACUGGGAUAAUGUAUCAACCGAUGCUAAGGAGUUUAUUUCCAAGAUGUUGGUUGUAAAUCCUACGAAUCGAGCGUCAGCUGAUGAAUUGCUAGCACACAAGUGGAUCACUGGUUCUGAUGUGGCUACUGUACCACUGAUGAGUGCGUUGACCGAGCUGCGGCGUUUCCAUGCACGCAAGAAAUUUAAGGCCGCCGUCCAUUCGGUCCAAGCAACAAUCAGUAUGAACAGAGCAUUCUCGGAUCUUAGUGAAUCCAAUAAGAGUGCUAAUACCACUGUGUCUCUAUAG